AUGGCCCGCCUACGUCCCUCCCUACGGCUAUUGCCCCCGGGUCUACCGCGCCUUACCCUCAGCCGCCACACGCGAUUCGCGCUCCUCCUCAUCCUGACAGCUGCCCUCAUCGAAGUCUUCCUUCACACACAACGAUGGGCCGUCCGACAACCCGACCACGAGCUCGACGAGCCCUUUUACACGUCAUGUCAGGAACCCGCCAUUGACCAACCGCGCGAGAAGGCAGCGAUGGUGAUGCUGGUCCGCAACCAGGAGCUGAUGAAGGCGCUCAAGACGGUGCAGAGCAUUGAGAAACACUUCAAUCAGUGGUUUCACUACCCCAUCGUGUUCCUGAACGAUGAGCCGUUCAGCAAGGAGUUCAUUAGCGCAAUGAACGCGACUGUGAGUGGGGAAGCGAGGUUCGAGCUCGUGCCGAAGAAGGAAUGGCUGUUUCCCGAGUGGAUGGAUGUGGCGGAUGCGCAGGCAUCUAUCAAAGCACAGGGGGAGGCGGGGAUUUUGUAUGCUGGGUUGGAAACUUAUCAUCACAUGUGUCGGUUUUACUCUGGCAAAUUCUACACCCUCGAAGCACUCAAAGACUACGCCUGGUACUGGCGGAUCGAGCCAGACGUCGAAUUCUACUGUUCCAUCACCUACGACCCUUUUGUCGAAAUGGCCAAGCACGACAAAGUGUACGGUUUCACCAUCGCUCUGCCAGAGGAGCCGCGGACGUGCCCGAGCCUCUUCCGCAAGAUAGCCGACUACAAGGAGUUGAACAACAUUCCGACCACGGAGCUGUGGAAGGCCACGGUAGCUGCUUCGUGGGUACCUUGGCCACUCCGCCCCUUCAUGGGUUGGUUUCGGCACCGCGACCGCUCUGGCGAUGGGUGGAGCUUGUGUCAUUACUGGUCCAACUUUGAGAUUGCCAACCUGGACUUUUUUCGGGGAAAGGACUAUCAGCGGUUGUUUGAGUAUCUUGAUAAGACUGGGGGAUUUUACUACGAGCGGUGGGGUGACGCAGCCGUCCAUUCUCUCGCUUUGCACAUGCUUCUUCCCUCCCACAAAGUUCACCACUUUGAAGACUUUGGUUACCGUCACGACUGGUAUUACCAAUGUCCAGCCAAUGCCCCAAAUGGUCAACUGUUCGAGUCGAAGCUACUUCCUGAUGGUCCAUAUAGCCCAGAACUUGAAGGCGGUAUUGGAUGCCGGUGCGAGUGUGACGGGCGGAGGACUCGGAACUUUCCAGCGUAUUGCACGAAUAAGCUCAAAGAACCUAACACGGUCAAGCGUUUGAGUAUGGUAGAGUCUGUUCGCAGCUGGUUCCCAUGACGUCUCACAGAGAUAAUGAGAAUCUGAAGAUGAAACCUAUUCUGAGAUGGCACAUAGAGAUGGGAAACUGGAGAUGAAUCAGCAUUGGGCCGGUGUUUGGGAAAAUGGUAAAGGAUACUGUGUAGCAUCCACGGAUCACCUCCUCCCAGAAAUGCAAACUAAACGAUUACC